AUCAAAUCUCAACAAAGAAGAAUAAAUAACCAUCCAGAUAACCCAAGAUAAAGAAGCCACAAUUUAUGCUUAAACACAAGCAUAUCCAUGGCGGAGCAGCGUGAGAAACUUCACGUUGUGCUGUUUCCAUGGCUAGCAUUUGGUCACAUUGGUCCAUUUUUUGAGCUUGCAAGACUCAUAGCUCAAAAGGGUCACAAAAUUUCUUUCAUUUCCACACCUAGAAAUAUCCAUCGCCUACCAAAAGUGCCUGAAAACUUGCAACCUUUGGUGGAUCUGAUAGAACUGCCACUGCCCCGUGUUGACAAACUCCCAGAAAAUGCAGAGGCCACAAUGGACAUUCCUCAUCACCUCAUUCCAUACCUGAAGCUGGCUUUUGAUGGUCUUCAACAACCUUUGGCCAAAUUUCUGGAGAGAUGCAAACCAGAUUGGAUAAUAUACGACUUUGCACCGUAUUGGUUGCCGCCAAUAUCUUCUAAGCUAGGAAUCUCAAACAUCUUUUUCUGUAUUUUUGGUGCAUCUGCUAUCUAUUUUUUUCUCCUAAAGACCACAGAUUUCCUUGAAGAACAUUACGAGACAAAUGAAUCGGGGGUUUCAGACCUGUUUCGAGUCCUUGAAACUUGUAAUGGUGCUCAAGUUACUGCUACAAGAACCUGCGUGGAGAUUGAAGGUGAGCCUCUCAAAUUGUUCGAAAGCAUAUAUAGUAAACCAGUGAUUCCAAUUGGUUUAUUGCCACCUUCACUACAGUUCAGUGAAGACAAUAAUGAUGAAAACUGGGAUAGCAUUCUUAAAUGGUUAGACAAACAGGAAGAAGCGUCAGUGAUGUAUGUAGCUUUUGGAAGUGAAGUGACACUAAGCGAUGAAGACUUUACUGAAAUUAGUAUGGGAAUAGAAAUGUCUGGUUUUCCCUUUUUUUGGGUUCUUAAAAAGCAAAACACAUCUAAGGUUGAGUUGCAGGAUUUGGUUGUGAAUAACUCAGGAAAGGGUUUGGUGUGGAGAAGAUGGGCACCGCAGAUGAGGAUUUUAGCACACAAGUCUGUUGGGGCAUUCCUUAGUCACUCUGGUUGGAGUUCAGUUAUAGAGAGUCUUCAAGUUGGUUGUCCACUUGUUAUGUUGCCCUUCCAAGCUGGUCAAUUUGUAAGUGCUAGGCUUAUGGAGGAGAAAAGGGUAGGUGUCAAAGUACAGAGAAGUGAGCGUGAUGGAAAGUUCACCAGGGAAUCGGUUGCCAAUGCAUUGAGAUCAGUGAUGUUGGAAAAAACUUAUAGAAAUGAAGCAGAGGAAAUAAGUAAAAUAUUUGGGGACAAAGAACUUCACCAAAAAUAUGCAGAUGAGUUUGUUGAAUAUAUGGAAAUCCAUAGGCCUACCAUAAAGGAUUAGUCUUUCUGCUAUUCUAUUAUAUCAUUCAAAAGCUAAAAUACAAGUC